AUGAUAAUAAAUUUUCUGCGAGCAUUUACUAGAAAUCGGGGGACAAUUAAUAAACCGCAUUUAUUCGAUUAUAGUAAUUACAAUAACAAUAAACGCAUUCAAAACUUAUCAACUAGGGUUAUUACGACAACUAACAACAACACUUUUAACAAUUGCCAUGUCUAUAACAACUUGUUACUAUUAAACAAAACAGCUUAUCACGCUUCACUAAUAAAGCCUAGAACAGCAACUUCACAUUCUCUGAUAGAAUUACAAAAAAAACCCUUUCUCGCCACUUAUGCUACGCUAAACCAAGUGCUUCGGGGCUGUCGUCGUUCGAAACGUCGUCUUUCAAAAAGUCCCGCGUUGGAAGGUAACCCACAAAAAAAAGGGGUGUGUAAUAAAGUAUACACGACCAAACCAAAGAAACCGAAUUCGGCAGUGAGAAAAGUCGCACGUGUUAAAUUGUCAAACGGAAGAUUAAUCAUUGCUUAUAUUCCAGGAGAAGGGCAUAAUUUGACCGAGCAUUCGGUUGUGCUUGUCAGAGGUGGUCGAGUUAAGGACUUGCCAGGUGUUCGGUAUCAUUUGGUGCGUGGCGCUUUGGAUUUUCAAGGUGUUCCCAAUCGGAAAACUUCAAGAUCAAAGUAUGGCACAAAGAAACCUAAGCCACCAGCUAAAGCUUAA